UUUUUUGAGACAAGGUCUCAUUCUGUGACCCAGGCUGGAGUGCAGUGGCAGGAACAUGGCUCACUGCAGCCUCGACCUCCUGGGCUCAAGGGAUCCUCCUGCCUCAGCCUCCUGUGUAGCUGGAACCACAGGCAUAAACAACCACACCCGGCUAAUUUUUAUUUUAUUUCAUUUUUGUAGAGACAGGGUCUCACCAUGUUGCCCAGGCUGGUCUCAAACUCCUGGCUCAAGCUAUCCUCCUUCCUUGGCCUCUCAAAAUGCUGGGAUUACUGGUGUGAGCCACCACACCACCCUCCCGUAUACUCUUUUUUCUUUUCUUUUUUUUUUUUGAGUCAGGGUCUCACUCUGUCUCCCAGGCUGAAGUGUAGUGGUGCAAUCAUAGCUCACUGCAUCUUCGAACUCCCUGGGCUCAGAUAAUCCUCCCACCUCAGCCUCCCAAGUAGCUGGGACUGCAGGCACGUGCCACCAUGCCCUCCAUAUAAUUUAAAUAAUCUCUAGAUUACUUAUAAAACCUGAUACAGUGUAAAUGCUAUGUAAAUAGUUAUACACUUUUUUUUUUAUUGUGGUACUAUUACUAUAUUUUGAAAUGGUCUCUCUGUCACCCAGGCUGGAGUGCAGUGGCACAAACGUGGCUCACUGCAGCCUUCUAGGCUCAAGCGAUCCUCCUGCCUCAGCCUCCCAAGUAGUUGAGACCACAGGCAUGUGCCACCACACCUGACUAACUUUUAAAUUUUUUGUAGAGCUGGGGUCUUGCUAUGUUGCCCAGGCUGGUCUCGAGUGCCUGGGUUCACUCAAUCCUCCCACCUUGCCCUCUUAAAUUGCUGGGAUUACAGGUGUAAACUGGAGCAGAAGCCUGGGCGGCCGGUAGUGAGGGGCUUUGAUGUUAGGCUAAAGGAUUCAGGCUCAUAAUGGAUCUUGGAUCCCUGCCUACCCACCACCCACUUCCCUUUUUUGGUUCUGCUUUGUCUUAGGCUCAGUUCUCAUCCUUCCUGUAUUGAGCUUGAACGUACCCUGUCUGGCCUUGCUUUCCUUGCUCUGUCUUUAGUCUGGUUCUGUGCCAGCUCCACCUUUGCCCAUAUAGGGACUGGCAGGUAUCCCUGAAACCUAAAACUCUGCCCUGAAUUAAACUCAUCAGAGGAGACUUAAACAUCACAAGCUGAGGCUCUUUGCUCUGUCUGUCCCUGUCUUUCUAGAGGAUAGAGAAGCUGCCAUUUUUCUGGGUGUGGCUUACCUGCUUGGCUAGUGCCCUGGGAUCUUGAGGCUCAGUGAUCAAAGCCUGUAGCCCUAUAACCUGCCCGCUUGCCAACUCUUUUUGCUGCUCAGGAGUUCCUGUGAAUUCAGCAGAGCCCGGGGAAGUCAGAUCCUAAAUCCCGACAGCUUUAUGGAGCCCAGGCCUGGCAGGCUCCCAGAACUUGAAGCCACCAGACCCCACAUGGAACCAAAGGCCUCCUGUCCAGCUGCUGCACCCUUGAUGGAGAGAAAAUUCCAUGUUCUUGUGGGUGUCACGGGGAGUGUCGCAGCCCUGAAGUUGCCUCUUCUGGUGUCAAAGCUUUUGGACAUUCCUGGGCUGGAAGUAGCAGUGGUCACAACUGAGAGAGCCAAACAUUUCUACAGCCCCCAGGACAUUCCUGUCACCCUCUACAGCGACGCUAAUGAAUGGGAGAUGUGGAAGAGCCGCUCUGACCCAGUUCUGCACAUUGACCUGCGGAGGUGGGCAGACCUCCUGCUGGUGGCUCCUCUUGAUGCCAACACUCUGGGGAAGGUGGCCAGUGGCAUCUGUGACAACUUGCUUACCUGCGUCAUCCGGGCCUGGGACCGCAGCAAGCCCCUGCUCUUCUGCCCGGCCAUGAACACCGCCAUGUGGGAGCACCCGAUCACAGCGCAGCAGGUAGACCAGCUCAAGGCCUUUGGCUAUGUCGAGAUCCCCUGUGUGGCCAAGAAGCUGGUGUGCGGAGAUGAAGAGAUGGGGUUUUACCAUGUUGCCCAGGUUGGUCAUGAACUCCUGGACUCAAGUGAUGCUCCUGCCUUGGCCUCCCAAAGUGCUGUGAUUACAGGCAUGAGCCAUGGUGCCUGGCCUGAAGAUAUUCAUCAAGACCUUUGGAGUAGAAAUGGGUCUGCUUUUCUUGUCACAAGCUAACAGAGGAAAAUGAAUUUUGAGUAUCCUUGUGUGCUUUUAAUAAACCUUUGAGAUCCCUGAUCUCAAGGAGCUUAUGUUCUUAUAGGAGAAAGAUUCACAGUGAUCAAAUAACAGCAAACAAUGAAAGUGAGACUGUGUGGCAUGGACUCUACUUCAGAAUUGAGCAGUCAGGAUGGGUCCCCUGGACGGAACAGAACUUGGGCUGGGGCUUACAGGAGGACCAAGGAUACAAAGGGUGAAGACAUGCUGCUAUGUGCUUGAUGUAGGACACCCAGGGAGGAACUCCGGCUCCACGUGCUGGGGAGGUUGGGAGCUGUUCAGUAGGGGAGGCACACGGUGAGUGUGGCAUGCGGUCAAGAUCAGCGGGGCGGUAUGUGCAGAACAAAUUGGGUCUGGAUUGAGAAGCUGGAGUCUAGGAGGAAGCCAGGAUGCUGAGAAGGGGAAUCUAGGUUGUGCUGAAGGCCUUGACCACACCCCUGAUUCUGGAAAAGGGGUGACAAAAGUAACAAUGUGAAGAAAAAUCAACACCAUUAUAAACUGUAAAAACCACAGUCUUUUCCAAAGGUGGUGUGUACUAAAAACAAAACAAAACACAAUAUCCAACAAACAAACAAACAAAAAACAACCCACUGUCCUUGUGGCCAGUGGAGGGAGGGAGACUAAAUGACACUGUAUGUGUGUGUUGGUGCAAGAUUUAUAGCAAUCUUCAGCCCCACCCACGAAAAAUAAUUUUGCUUUGCUUAUUAUAGUAUAGUUUUUUUCUCUCUCCUGAUCUCACAGUAUUGUUCAAUCUGUCUUUGUGGCCAGGCGCAGUGGCUCAUGCCUGUAAUCCCAGCACUUUGGGAGGCCAAGGUGGGCAGAUCACUUAAGGUCAGGAGUUCAAGACCAGCCUGGCCAACAUGGUGAAACCCUGUCUCUACUAAAAAUACAAAAUUAGCCAGGUGUGGUGGUGCAUGCCUGUAAUCCCAGCUACUCAGGAGGCUGAGGCAGGAGAAUUGCUUGAACCCGGGAAGAAGAGGUUGCAGUGAGCUGAGAUCGUACCACUGCACUCAGGCCUGGGCAGUAGAAUGAGACUCCAUCUCAAAAAAAAACAAAAACAAAAACAAUCUGUCCUGUGGUUCCUGGGCACUUUGUGGUGUGGGAUUAGAAAAACAGAUUGGCGGUGGCUCAUGCCUGUAAUCCCAGCACUUUGGGAGACCAAGGCGGGUGGAUCACAAGGUCAGGAGUUUGAGACCAGCCUGGCCAACAUGGCAAAACCCUGUCUCUACUUAAAAAAUACAAAAAUUAGCUGGGUGGUGGCAGGCGCCUGUAAUCCCAGCUACUCGGGAGGCUGAGGCAGGAGAAUCACUUGAACCUGGGAGGCAGAGGUUACAGUGAACCGAGAUCGUGCCAUUGCACUCCAGCCUGGAUGACAAGAGCAAGACUCCGUCUCAAACAAAAAAAAAAAAGAAAAACAGAUUGAGAUACAGAACUGGGAAGAUGGGAACAAACGGAGGAGUGAAGGAAUCUUUUUGGUUUUUUUUUUUUUUUGAGCCAGAGUCUCGCUCUGUCGCCCAGGCUGGAGUGCAGGGGCGCGAUCUCGGCUCACUGCAAGCUCCGCCUCCCGGGUUCACACCAUUCUCCUGCUCAGCCUCCUAAGUAGCUGGGACUACAGGCGCCCACCACCACGCCCAGCUAAUUUUUUGUAUUUUUAGUAGAGACGGCGUUUCACCGUGUUAACCAGGAUGGUCUCGAUUUCCUGACCUUGUGAUCUGCCCACCUCAGCCUCUCAAAGUGCUGGGAUUACAGGCGUGAGCCACCGCGCCCGGCCAAGAUUCUUUUUUUUUUUUUUGAGAUGGAAUCUUGCUCUGUCGCCAGGCUGGAGUGCAGUGGCGCAAUCUCAGCUCACUGCAACAAUUGUGAUUGAGGUUCUUUUUAAAGCCCUUUGCAAUGUGUGAUUCUCUGAGUGCAGCUGAGCAGGACUGAACUGUGUGGAGCCCUAGAUAAGACUUGGGUUAUGGGUACGUGUUACAUGUUCUCCAUAUUGCAAAGUGUUUCUUUAAUCUCAUUUUACCCUCCUCACAUAACAGCUUCACGAUGGAGUCAAUUAGCAUAUGUAGCUGUUUCAUAGACAAGAAACUGAGGGCCACACAGCCAGUGCAGUGUGCUAGGGUUUUCUCUUUCUGCCCUACAGCUACCUGCAAACAGGCUCCUGCACAGGACUUCUACCCUUAUUUGCAUUUACCUCCUUGGGAUCAGUUGAAACACCCCUUCCACCACACAUCAACAUCCCCAGAUGCCUGCCCUUUCAGUCCCAACUGGACAGCUCCUUCAUUACCUUUUUCUGCUCAUGGCUUCCUUCCUUCAUCUAUUGUGGUUUCUAGGGCAGGAUGAAAAUCCUAAGUGUCACGCAACUGCCUCUGAGCAAAGAAAUCAACCCCAAUAACUGACAAGUUGUUUACACUGAGAGCUUCCUGGUGGAACCAAUAUUCUACAAUAUUUAAGCCAGGUUUGGUACCCCUUGCGGCAAGGCAAUGGGAAUGAUCAGGCCAGAAGAACUACCAGUUGUCUCAUAGCAAAGGAAUGUGGGGAGUGGGUGGGUGUGAGGACAAGAGGCAGAUAUGUGAGCUUCAGGGCUUUUGGAGGACAUGCAGCUAAUCCAGGUGGAAUCUGGGAGCAUGUCAUUCCCUUGCUGCAAUGGGCUCAUUUCAUGGUGGCUUUAUCUGCUGAGAUUACAUGGUGAUGCUUUGCCUGCUAGCCUAGACAGCAGGUCCUUAGGGACUGGAGGCCCAGCAGACUCCCUUUCAGGCCUCUGGAUUCCUGGAAGAGGAAGGAGCGUUCAAAGGUGAAUUCAAAGGUGCCUUCCAUCUGUGUAGGCAAAACAAUGUUACCAGCCACAGCGAUGGACUUGGAAGCAGCCAACAUGAGUUGAACAUGAACACAUGGAUGCUGAAGAUCCUUUCUUUCUCUCUUUAAAUUUUCUUUUUUUUUUUGAGAUGGAGUCUCGCUCUGUCGCCCAGGCUGGAGUGCAGUGGCGCUAUCUCGGCUCACUGCUAGCUCCGCCUUUGGGGUUCAUGCCAUUCUCCUGCCUCAGCCUC